AGCUGAGAAGGCUUCAUUAUCCGUUGUGGAACCCGAUGUUGUCAAAUAUCGCGGGAGCCGCCUCCCUAAUCACUACGUAAUGUGCCGUGCUGCUUCUAGCGGCGCUGGUGACAGUGCUGAAAGCUGUUGGGUAUGAAGUGAAACCGAACUGAAAUUUUGUACCAUCCGCAACUGCUUCAAGUUCAGAUCACAACCAAGGAACUGAAGACAAACCUCCCCUGAUCUAAAUAAGUUGCAACACUGAAGCCACGAGGGGGGGUAAAAGGAUCACUUCAAGGAUUUAAAACACGAGAAACCAAAUCCUGAAACGACCAAAGAACACGCAUAUCAGCCCAACUGAAACGUGAAAGAGAAGCAAUCCUAUGCCCAAGCAUACUCUAAGAAGAUAACUGAUCUGAAACCAGAAGUUUGUGCCUACUCAACAGCUUUGACAAAGCACACGUCCCAACGCUGCUCCUAGCCCUCCUCAUCCUAACUACGCUGCCGACUCACCACUAAGGUGUAGAGUGGGCUGCUAUCUGCUAGUACCCUCCCAUAGUUCUGUCUCUCUCUACUCCUCCUUUGUUUUCUCUGUAACUUUUCUAAGCGGUGCUAUUGCACCUGCAACUGCCUUUUUGUGUGCUAGAUUUCCCCUCCAUCAUUUUUUUCUUUUUUUUUCUUUUUUUUUUUUACUUUAUGCAACCACCUAGCUCUUGUGCCAGAAAUUUGUUAGGAGUGUGCAUGUGUUAAACGGUGCGUCUGUGUGUGUGAGAGGCUCUGCGACGUCAUCAAGAUCCAGAGAAUUAAGAUAAAAGAAACAGUAAAGACAUCCAGCGGUGUAUCAUUGGGUGCUUACUUAACGGUUCCUAAAUAAAUCAAGCAAAAAAAAAAGAAAGAAAUUCAAACCAGUAUUCAAGUUCAGCAAGUGCUCAAGCAACUUUGGUUCAAGUUUAUGGGAAAAUAUGGGCAGCCCCUGGAAAGGCUUUGUUGAGUUUACCUUGCCUGCGUCUCCGCCUACCGCGUUUGUUAGUGCUGACCUGAGCAGCACCUCCCCUGUGGGACUCAGCCUGUCGCCAUAUGGCCGAUCAAUGAGUUUUGACCCAGGGAUGCUUCAUAACAAUGGCCAUACCGCAUAUGCCAACGGCUCAGGGCCUGGCAUCAGAGAGACGGGUGUGGUGGAGAAACUCUUGACUUCCUAUGGAUUCAUCCAGUGCUCAGAGCGUCAGGCUCGUCUUUUCUUCCACUGCUCCCAGUACAACGGCAACCUGCAGGAGCUUAAAAUAGGAGAUGAUGUAGAGUUUGAGGUAUCCUCUGACAGGCGCACUGGCAAGCCCAUAGCAGUGAAGCUGCUUAAGAUAAAGCCAGAAGUGCUGCCAGAGGAGCGCAUCUCGGGCCAGGUGGGGCCAGACCUGCACGUCUAUCCCUUUACUGUGCUGCAUGGUUAUAUUCAUCCAGUUGUCUCAUCAGUCCCUCUGAACCUGGAUGGAAAAGCAGCUCCUGGUCAGGUUCCCUCUGGCAGUGUUUGUUAUGAACGUAACGGGGAAGUUUUUUACCUGACCUAUACCCCGGAGGACGUGGAGGGCAACGGCCCUUUGGAGACAGGCGACAAAGUCAGCUUUUACAUGGAGACAAACAAGCAUACUGGUGCGGUGAGCGCUCGAAAUAUUCAGCUUGUGAAGAAAAAGCAGGCACGGUGCCAGGGAGUGGUGUGUGCUACAAAGGAGGCCUUCGGCUUCAUUGAGAGGGCAGACGUGGUGAAGGAGAUCUUCUUCCACUACAGCGAGUUUAAGGGCGACCUGGAGGCUCUUCAGGCUGGAGACGACGUGGAGUUCACCAUCAAAGACAGAAACGGGAAGGAAGUGGCCACAGACGUGCGCCUGCUGCCCCAGGGCACGGUCAUCUUCGAAGACAUCAGCAUUGAGCAGUUUGAAGGCACCGUUGUUAAAGUAAUUCCCAAGGUUCCCACUAAAAACCAGAGCGACCCCCUGCCUGGCCGCAUCAGUACAAGGAUCGGCUUCUCUGAGAAGGAGCUUCCUUUUGGGGAGAAGGACACCAAGUCCAAGGUGACGCUUCUGGAGGGAGACCACAUUCAGUUUAACAUCUCCACCGACCGCAGAGAUAAACUAGAGAGGGCUACAAACAUUGAAAUCCUCCCAGACACCUUCAACUUGACCAAGGAGACCCGUGAAAUGGGGGUGAUCGCAGCCAUACGCGACGGCUUCGGCUUCAUAAAGUGCGUGGACCGAGAUGCCAGAAUGUUCUUCCACUUCAGCGAGGUCCUGGAGGAGAGCCAGCUGCACAUCUCGGAUGAAGUGGAGUUCACUGUUGUGCCUGUAGGUUCUGUUAAGCUUUUCACAAAAGAUAUGCUGUCCGCUCAGAGAAACCACGCCGUGCGCAUCAAGAAGCUCCCCAAAGGAACGGUGUCCUUCCACACCCAGUCUGAGCAGCGUUUCGUCGGCGUCGUGGAGAAGGAGGUGAUCUCAGCCGCCAACAAGAACGCAAGUCCCACUAAGGGAAAGGAGAAGAAAAAAGACAAGGGUAAAGUUGUGGAAAAGGAAGCUGAAGAGGGAGUGAUUGCAUAUGAAGACUGUGGUGUGAAGCUCACUGUGCCGUAUCAUGUCAAAGACCUGGAGGGAGGAGGAUACCCUCAAGCUGGAGACAAGGUGGAGUUCUGCAUCAACGAGAUGAAGCGAACCGGCCAGCAGAGUGCAGUUUCCAUCAGGGUCCUCAACCGCAAUGCCUCCAACUCCAGAAGACUGCACGGUUUUGUUGCUGCGCUGAAGGAUAACUUUGGCUUCAUCGAAACGGCAAAUCAUGACCAGGAAGUUUUCUUUCACUACAGUGAAAUGUGUGGGGAUGUUGAUAACCUGGAGCUAGGCGACACAGUGGAGUAUACCCUCUCUAAAGGAAAAGGAAACAAAGUCAGCGCUGAAAAGGUCACCAAGGUGGCUGCAGUAAAUGGUACUGGUGAAGACGUUGGUGCAUCAGUGAUGGCAGGGAAAAUCCUCCGGCCCAUCCGCAGCGUGGAUCCCUCACAGACCGAAUAUCAAGGACUUAUUGAAGUCACCGACGAAGGUGGAGAAAAGGGGCAGAAUUAUGCCUUUGGAAUCAUGGGAAUGACAAACAAGGCUGAUUGUCUGCAGAAGGGAGAACAUGUCAGGUUCCAGGUUUGCACUGUGAGCCAAACUGGCCAGAAGAUGGCCUGUAAUGUUGUCCCUCAGCGCAGAGCUCCAGUGGAGUGUGUCAAAGACCAGUUUGGUUUCAUCACGUACGAGGUGGGAGAGAGCAAGAAGCUGUUCUUCCACGUAAAAGAAGUGCAGGACGGCGUGGAGCUGCAGAUCGGCGAUGAGGUGGAGUUUUCCGUCGUCUUCAACCAGCGCACUGGAAAAUGUAGCGCCUGCAACGUGCGCAGAGUCAGCGAGGGACCCAAACCAGUGGCCACGCCCCGUCCCGACCGCCUGGUGAACCGCCUGAAGAGCAUCACUCUGGACGACGCCAGCGCCCCUCGUCUGGUCAUCCUGCGCCAGCCUCGUGGUCCCGACAAUUCAAAGGGCUUCAGCGUGGAGCGGAAGACUCGCCAGCCCGGCGUCAUCGAUUGAGCAAUACACAGCCAGCCCCACUGGGCCUUGGAGGGAUGCGGUCCCUAAGGGAACCGGCAGGGGAUAAGGGAAAGCGACGCGGCAUACGCUUGUAAACCCACUCAUCCAUGAAACAUACACACGCAUGCAACAACUGGCAUGUGUAGUCCUGGCCCCCCCAUUGAUACCUGUAAGGGAACGUCCCCCUCCUCUCAUCUAUGAUGAUCUCAGUGGUUUCAUGCUGCAGAGUGCAUGGGAAUCCCUGACUGGAUGUGUGUGUGUGACUGUGUGUGUGAGAUGUAUUGUAGAGAUUAGUGUGAAGUGGAGGUUGUGUUCCUAAGGGGCCUUGUCCCUCCCAGUCAGUGUGGCUGUCCGUGUCCUGAUCCUCCGAGUCCGCUUCGUCUGGAAUUCUGCACCUGUAACCUGUCCACUAGUCUGAUUGGGUUAGAGUUUUGAUUGUUGGCAUGUCUUUAAACCUCUGCUUCAUUUUUUUUGUUCCUCUCUCCGCUCCUGUGCGUACGGAAAACCGGUUCCCCCUGUCUGCUCUGAUGUAUGCUUUCCUACAAAAUGCAUAAAGCGACGUUCCCUCCAUAAGGAGGAUCAUAUUUCAUACUCGUGCGAGCUUUUUUGAGGAUCCAUCUCUGCUCGGUUUUUUUGAGCAGUUUUUAAAAACGCUUCGUUGAAAAGGCUGGAGUAUAGCAGCAUGAAGUGCGGAAGUGUGACGCAUGUGAAGGUCAAAGUAGUUUCUCUGAGGGGAUUUCCCUUUUACCAGCCUAGGGCCUGGAGAUGCCUGCUUGGUAUUCACAUGCUCCACUAGAGGAGCUUUCCCCAGGUGCAGAAUUCCUGCUGGCGUCUUAUAUCUGCAGUUCUUUUAUACUAUUUCCUUUCUUGCACAUAUUUUUUUUUUUUUUUUUUUUUUUUUUAUUGAAACGUCGAUCUGCUAAUAUUGAAUAAGUAAGAAUAAGGUGCCUAAAACUUCAAACAAACAAAAAAAAGGAAUAAGUAAAAAAUUAGACGAAUUGUGCUCCUAGCCAACCCCCAAAAUACUC